AUGGAGGCCAGAACAGAGUAUCCCGCCCUCCUGGCGAAUUUGACCCCGGACCAAGCCGUCUCUGUCUUCAACGAUCGAAUAGCGCUUAUAAACAAAGUCAACAGCGACAUUGCCGACUGGCUUCAGGAAAGGCGCAAGGUGGAGGAGGCUUAUGUUGUUGGCCUCAGGAAGCUUGGAAGCCGUCCGCAAGGUGAUGCUGCGGCGCUUGGCAUCUUCCAGCUACCAUGGCAGCGCAUUGUUUCCGGUGUCGAGAACUCGGCCGCCUCCCACGAACGCCUCGCCCAGAAGAUCGAGAAUGACAUAGAGAAGCCACUACGACAAUUUCAGACCCGCGACAGUGAGAUGAAGUCGGCUUCGAAUUCGCAGCCCAAUCUCGCCAACAUAGCAAAGGAUCUCAGCACGGCGCAAAAGAAGGCGGCAAAGGCUAAGGCUCAAGCACUGUCGUCGAAGAUGCCGCUCGCCAAUGGGAGUCCCAAGCGCCCUUCAUCUUUGAGCAGCUGCAAGCGGUCGACGAGAGACACACACGAAGCCGAUCAGAUCGAAAGAAGCCGUGCCAGUGCUGAGUCGUGUCUGAACGCGCUGCUGAAUCUGGAGACCGCGGACGAGAUCAAGAUCUUUACGGAAAAGGUUGGUGCGAAUCGACGGAGCUCGGCGGCUACGAGCAGGCCUCCGACAUCGAGUAUGGUCGCCCCACCAGAGCCACCGCCGUCAAGACAGCCAAACAUGAUGAGGCGCAUGAGUUCCACUUCAGGCCAAGGCCAGGAUCAAGUCGGAGCUCUCCCAGACGCAACGCCGUCAAAGAGCAAACUAGGAGGCCUGAAACGCCUAGGCACUGUUAUGGGUCGGCGGAAGAACACGAUGCCUCCGCCGCCUACACCGGAAAAGAAGAAAGACCGGCGAUCGAUGAUGCCCUUUAGAAGAGGCGACUCAUCGCGAAGUUUCCAGGAUCUGGAAGAGUCAGGCAGAGAUCUCACUCCAGCGACCUCUCGAGAGCCACAGACCUUGACGGAUAGGCAACAAAGCACAGCAGCCUCGUCACGCGACAAUCUUGCGAAUCAAACGAUCCCUGAGUCUCCGCCACCUCAGGCCCGUGUGAAUGGCACCUCGGAAACCUGCAUCUCCGGUGUCCAUAACGAAAACCCACCUCCGCCCUCCCCUCCACCAGCAGCAGCAGCAGUAUCGCAGUUGCCCCCAGCAUUGCAGCCUCAAAACACGGGAACAGAAUCCGAGGACGGCAGCCGAGCGUUUGCGAUUCGAGAUCAGCCGAUCAAAGAAGACGAAAGCGAAGCUCAAAAUGCUCUGAGCAGCAUGGCAAACCAGCUACGCAUGCAAGGCCAAACAUCUGGCAUCAAUCGUGUACAAGGCAGCGUUCGUGGCCGACGAGAUGUUCGCAACACCAUGUUUGUACCUGCGGGCGUGGACAUCUUCGCCCAGAGUGGUCUUCCAGCACCACCGCAGUCACCUCCGCUGCCGACCAGCAACUCCACAACCGAGCUGGCUUCGCCAAUCCAGCCACCACGACAAAAGUCAAUCCUCGAAGACCAUCCAAUAGGCUCCGACGCCGGGUCUAUUCACUCGUCACACAGCCUCGCCAUGCCCGGCGCCCACCCCGAAUUGCACGAACCAGGUUUGAACGUCUCCAUCGUCGAGACCGUCAACUCCUGGUUCAACGAGACUGGCAUCACCAAGUCCAUGGUCACAGGCGAAAUAGCCCUUGCCUACAACGGUACCACAUCAACCAACACCGAAACCAUCCGGCUCCAACACUUUGAGCUUCUCGAAAAAGUCGCCGCCAACCCGACCUUCGUCUCCUCCCUGGACAAAACCAACACAGCCUCCGCAGAAGACGCAGCAGGCACCUACACAAUCGCCCUCUCCAACAUCAAGAAGUCGCAUCCCACCGUCGGCCUCAAAUACCAACUCCACCUCGAGCCCGACAACAUGGCAGCCUACUCUCCCAUCCUCCUCACCCCAGCGUGGCAGUUGAUCGACGGGCAAGCCUCCGUCAUCUUGCUGUACAGCCUCAACCCAACCUUCGCCACAGUCGGGCCAGUAACCUUCAAGAACGUAGCAAUAAGCGUCUCCCUCGACGUCUCCGGCACUGAUCCGAUCAAACCCACCGCCGCAAUGAUGCACCCCACGGCGGGCGCGAGUUUCCGACGGAAAGCAGGCACAGUCACCUGGCGGUUCAACGAGCUGAGUGUGAAGCCUGAGGGGCAAGAGCGAUUGCUGGUGCGCUUCACUACGGCUAGCGGCAUGCCCAAGAAGGGUGGCAUCGAGCUGAAAUUCGAGCUGCCUGGACGGACGGGAAGUCAGGUAGGUGUGCAAAGGAGGGCGCAGGUGCAGAAGGAGAAGGAUCCGUUUGCGGAUGAGGAGGUGGAGAAGGUGGAUAGUCGGGAGGAGGGGGCUUGGGUGGAUGUGGAGAGGAGGCGGGUGUUGGUCUCGGGACGGUAUUCGGCUUCAUAG